CGGCCAUAUCUACGAAUCAUGGCGACCCUCGAAGGAGCCGAGGAUCACCCAGCACAACGUGAUUCCCACACCGAGAUGGAUUCGGACGAAGACCCCGUGCUGGACGCGAAGUCGUCGAAUAACUUGUGGGAGCUGGUGGAAGAACUCGCUCUAAACAACAUCGAACACUUCCGGACAGACGAGUCCGAGAACGGACAACGCCUCUACGAGGGUUUCCAGGCUUUCCUGGAGCACCUGAGGAACCUCCGUAAGAUUGUGCCUGACGUAAAGCAAAUCUCGCCGGACUUCGACUUCGACAGCAAGGUCAGAGGGAAUGGCUAUCGCAGUUUUGUCAUGGUCGUGGAUGCCUGCCUCGUCCACUGCGCGGAGCUCAGUAGAACCAUAUGCACGAAGAGGGAUUCGACAUUCUUUCAGAAAAAGAGGAGUAUGAGAGAAGUGGAAGCUUGGGGUCAAGUGCUGGCAUCCUUGACACAACUCUUUGAAUUCUUGAAGAGACUGCACAGUUGGAGUGAAAAGGGGUGCCUUUUCCCAUCUGACUAUCAUUCGCCUGAAGAACUCCUAUUGGAAGCUACAAACCUCAAUCAAUAUUGUUUUUAUGGCCGCUGUCUGGGAUUUCAGUUUGUGAACUCAAUGAGGAGAGCCUUGAAAAUGGUGAGCCUCUCAAUGGCUUCUUUCAGUGAAGUCUACUACAAUUCUGGGUCCAUCUUCAGUCGGACUACUCAAUCUAUUCUUGCAGGAGGAAGGUGCUGGCUGGAUCCAGAGUAUCGUGCAAGGAGGAUUGUGAACCUUUCCCAGAAUGCCACUGUAGAUUUCUGCAAAUCCUUUUGGCUCCUUGCUGACAGUGAACUGCUCUCCCAGCUACCUGGGGUGGUAUGUCCAGCAAUAGCAGUGAAUAAGGUGAUAGCUGUGCCACCAGAACCAUUGGAGAUGCCAAAGGCUGACUCACGUGGUAUGGUAUCCAUUCCCAUUCCAACUGCUCACGGGGACUCACGUGCCAUCCCAUGUCGUUUACUCUCUUCCCACUGGAGGGAAGGAAUGGUAAGUUCAAAAGGAGAAAACAGGAAACAUAUGGUGCUGCCUACAACUUCCAGCCUUGUGAUUCAUUGCCAUGGGGGCGGGUUCAUUGCUUGCACUUCAGCAUCCCAUGAGAUAUAUCUUCGUGAAUGGGCUGCUAAAUUGGAAGUCCCUAUCUUCUCCAUCGAUUACAGCCUUGCCCCAGAGGCCCCUUAUCCAAGAGCUCUUGAAGAAGUGUUCUAUGCAUAUUGUUGGGCACUUCGCAAUGCACAUCUUCUUGGCUCCACUGCUGAGAGAGUUGUCCUUGUUGGAGACUCAGCUGGUGGGAACCUCGUGAAUGGUAUCACUAUGAAGUGCAUCAAGCUGGGUGUGAGAAUACCAACAGGAAUUUUUCUUAUUUAUGCCCCAAAUUUAAUUCAGUUCAUCCCUUCACCCUCACGCCUCUUGUGCCUCAUGGAUCCCCUUCUACCAUUUGGAGUUUUAAUGAAGUGCCUGAAAGCAUAUGCUGGUCAUACUGCUGAAGAGCCCAUCUUCAGGCAACUACAAGAGGAAAGCCGUCUUCCUCUGCCCAUUCCCAAUGGUUCUCCGAAAGAGGUGGAUGAACCAAACACAAUCCUACCAGUUGGACAAGAUAUGCUGAAGACUUCACCUGGUUCAGGAACUUGUUCUCCCAGUGACACUGAAUCAUUUGUGGAAGUGAGCGAGUCUGACAUGCAGGACAUGGCAACCAUGGCCUCUGUAUCCCUGUCCUUGGCCUCGGACCCAAGCCCAGGGGAUGAAAAACCUGAGUUGACAUCGCAGGAAUAUGUGGAUGACUUCCUUGAGAAGUAUGUCUUGGAUUCAGAGACAGAUUCGAUGGGUCAGAAGGUGCAUGUCGUGAGGGCAGAGUCCUUGGAAUCUGACACAGAUGAACAUGUCCUCUUUGAGUUUCCCCAGGAUCUUAGCCAUUCAUUCUCAAAACGUAUUGGAGCCGCUGCAAGGAGCAUCAAAGAUACAUUUACUGGGUGGAGGAGCAGAGGACAACCUGUUCUUGGUAUCCCUGUGGACAGAAAAAGAGUGAGCUUUCCAACAUUGGGAAAAUUUCCUGCGAUGGCUGCUAACUUUGAUUCUUUGGGACCAGUAAGCCCUGCAGUAGAAUUCAAGAAGUUCCAGGUGUCUCGUGAUCCUUUCAUAUCUCCGUAUUUGGCUUCUGAUGACCUUCUCAUGAAGUUUCCUCCCACCCAUCUUCUUACGGUGCAUCUUGACCCGUGCCUGGAUGACUGUGUGAUGUUUGCAAAACGCCUGAGGGCUCUUAAUGUCCAGGUUGCACUUGACAUCCUGCCGGAAAUGCUCCCUCAUGGAUUUCUCAAUUUUUCACAGUCAAGCAAGGAAGCCCAUGCUGGUUCCAUGGAGUGCAUCCAACACAUCCGGAUACUCCUUGGCCUUUUGGGCACCUCAGCUGCAACACCUUAGACCUAGAUUAUUGGUAUCUCUGAGUUCUUGUAUUUCUUGUCUUCAUCAUAUGGCUUCACAUGUGCAAAAGAUGGGCAUCUCAUGGCAGAGCCCAUAAGUUCUCUUAUUAGGCUCUGUGAUCUUUUUGUGCAAGAUGCUAUUGGUUGCUUUUCCAUUCUGCUAUCAAUGAGAUUUAUUCAGGCCUAAAUCUAUCUUUCAACUCAUGGUGCUAUCAUAACCGGCCAUUAGAACAAUGAAUAUCAUUCUGGUUCAAUUGUUGUAGAUUAUGGUACAGGGCCUUUUCUUUCCCAGAAACUCACCGGGAUACACGUUGCCUACAAAGGAUAUUAUAUCCCUCAGUUCCUGGAGACCUCUGUAUGUAUUGUGAUCAUAUUUAUCAUUCCAAAGAUGCCAGAAUUCAAGAUGUAUGUUAUAUUCUUUGCAUGUCUUUGUGUCAUAUGUAGUUGCAGGCCAUCACUUGUGUCGAAUUUUAUUUUUUGGUAAUUACAGUGUAAGAAUUUUCUCUGUUUUUAGAUAUUAACGAUGAGCCAAGUAACAUGACAGAAGGGGUGGUCAUAUUUGUUUUAAAGCAUAUCCUUUUCUAAGACACUUCACUAUUGAGUUUUCAGUGAUGUCCAUUGGUUCGAGGAUGAGGCAGGUUAUCUCCUAUGCUGAUGAAUCCAGGCAUGGUUAGAUGCUUGUAUGCUCUUAUGUAAAUCCUGGGAGUAUACUAUGGAGUUUGAGGGAUAACAAGUUUCCUAUCUCAGUCUAAAGUAAUUUUGAGGACAGAACUGAAUUGCAAUCGACUGUCAAACAGGGAGGGCUAUGGGAAUUUUUCAAAGUCACUGACACAAAUGUGUUCAACAUGGCCAACAUGGCCCACCUGACAGCUGGGUGAAGCCUGUUGCUAGGAGUUACUCGGUCUUUCAACAUCAACUGACCAACUUAUAUAAAGAUAUUCCUCAAUGUCCAGGCAUGCUAUUGCUUACAUGAGAAUCAAUUUUAGUUUUUCUUAGUCUACAUGCUUUGAGUUCACUUAUCCAUUUGUGCAAUUCAGUUUUCUCUUUUUUUUGUAAUUUUUCUGGGUUGCCACUCACCCAAUCACCUGUCACUAGCUCCCAAUAAAUAUCAUCUCUUUUUCAUAAAGUCCAGGCUCUUCUCUUCCUCUCAUAUCAAGCUCCUGGUCCUUGUAAAAUUUGUGAUUGCUCUUUUUUAUUGGAAUUCCAAGUACAAGUACUAUAACAACUCUUACCAAACAAGAAACAGCUCUGAUACAAUUGGAGAGUAGAACUUCAGCCUUGAAUGAUGUUUAUCCCUGUUCCAGUCUUUAAAUAUCUUAAUCCAGGAUCUCAAUCCUUGUCCAAAACACUUCAAUCACUCGUCUUAUUCUUGGCUCUCAGACUUCUAGGGAUUAUUAAAGCCUUUAAACUUCCAAUUAACACUUUGCCUGUGGGAGUCCUGUCUUAGGAUUUAAAAUGAGAUGUGAUGUAAUUUCAAGAGAGUUCCUGUUGAAAACAAUAUUGAUGAGUGGGGAUUGCAAAAUACUGCUGGAAGUACCUAAUUAACAUCUCUAUCACUUUUUCAAUUUAGGUUACUGCAUAGAAUGUCAUGCCCACAAAGUCAUAUUUAGUAUUAUCAUAACUCAUUGAUUCAGGGAAAUUAAGCCAUUCCCUUCCUUGUCUUUGGCCUAGUUGUAUUAAAUGCUGAAGGAAAUAGGUAUCUUUUUUGCUGUCAGCUAUAAAUAGCUGGAGAAAAAUAUAAAACCCUAUUUUUUAUCUCAAAAAAGGAUAGUUCUAGGCUUGAGCUGGGAGGCCAAGAGCCAUUUCUGCUCUUAUUGAAAUCCUAAGUUAAGGUUGAACACUGAUCCAAACCCCUUUCCUUUCUAAUAUAAGAUAGGCCUACCCCAGUAAAAAUAUAUGUUUUCAAUGGGAACUUCUCAAUUGCUUAAUUCCCUACAUAGCUUCUUUCUUGCAUACAUUAAGGCAUCAUACAACUUGAAGUUACUCUGUUGAAGUGACAGUGACUUCCAUGAAUCUGACCCAGGCUUGCUAUGCCCAUUCUUGUAAUUCUGAUGCAUGGCUACUUAUGGAGAAUAUUUUAGAGAAAUAUCAAAUCUUGUUCGCAUUAGGGAGGAAGUGGGGCUCUCAAUCACAAACCAUUUCCUUAGGUGAGAGGGAUUGGCUAUCGAUUUUGGAAUGAACUUGAGCUGAAAAGUAAUCAAAGGACAAACUUAAGAUUUUUCCAUUUAGGGUCAGGCUUCCUUUUCCCAGAUAUAUGCAAUUGUUGUUAUUGUUUAUACUAUGAGAAGUGGCACCUAUAAUAAAAUUCAAAAGCUGGAGCCUUAACCCUUUAAUAGGUACUGAUAUUUACAUAUAUGAUAAUCAUGAAUUUGCUGAAUGGGAUACAUUUUUUUAAGUUACUGCGCUAUGGUACUGCCAUAUAUAUAUGUAUGCUGCAUAUUAGUAUUAUGUGUUAUAUAAGUGUAUUUUUUCCCAAAGUUUGUAUUUUGCCCAAAAAAUCCAACCCAGCAGUGCUCACAACUGUUAAAAAAAAACUCACCUUUUGAAGGGUUUAGUUCAGAAGGAUUCAAGUUCUAAAAGUGUGCUAUGAGGGUCAAAAGAAUCUUCAUGCCUCCAGCAAUUUCAUUUGGACUUCAACUGUACAGGUAAAUCGAAGUGUACAAAUGGUCAAGUGAAGUCAAAUCCAGGGGAAUACCUACACUUCCAAUUGGUAUCAACAGCCCCACCUCCCAUUUUGGUCGCUGUAGUCACAGGGAAAAGAGAGAAUUUGCUGGUUUCAAUCCUCCCCAAUUAUGUGUGCCUCCAUGGUUAGGGGAGGACUUGAGUAGUUGUCUCCUCAAGCAUCUUGACCCCAAUUAGUAGGUCAAGAAAUAUGAAAGGCCAUUGACCAUUGGGGAGAAUUGGUGUCAAGGGUCAGGGAAGAUAUUAUGGCCCUGGUGUAGGCCUUUCUUGUACAUCCAUUCUUGGGAUUGGGAUAUUUUGAUAUACACUCUAGGGCUACUUGUUUAAUUUUUACCCUGUACAAAUUAUUCCAUUUUUGAUCAGGGUUUGAAAAAUGCUCAUGUGUUUUUUUGAAAACAAUAAAUGCUAAUAAUGUUUAACUUAUUUUGAAAUUUCCAUGAAAACACCAUUUAUUAAAGUUUCCAAAUGAAUUGGUUCCACAGGGUAAGAUAUCACAGAUGCAGAUGGAGUACACAUAGUUUUAGCAUGUGUUCUGUAAACCAAUUCCGUGAGAAGAUGGGAACUAAAGUUCUAUCUGGAAUAAAGCCCAUUAUUAACCCACCAAGGAGGUGAAUGUGCUGAGUAUCACUUUUUUCUCUCCUUUCUAUCUUGCAUUCAGUGCAAAAAUGAAGUCGUGCUGAAUGUAAAGAAGUUAGAGCAUAAAUGUAAGUCCUAAAACCCCCUGACAUUUGCAUCUCACCAAAUCAAUGCAGAUUUUUCUGUUGGGGCAGUUGGAUGAGAUUCACACAAAGUAACAUAUACAACUGAUGACAUGG